GGCGCUUACUUGGGGUAAGGCUCUGCGCAGGCGCAGUACGAGUGUGAAGAGCCGGGCCUACUUUGCCGGCUGCGCCUUCCUCGCAGUAGAAUCCCCGGCGUCGCGUUGACUGACCAGAGUCCGCGAGCCCCGGAAAAGCUUUGCCCUGCUUGGAAUCUUCAAUUCAGUCACCACUCAGAAUGUCUCUACAUCAGUUCUUACUAGAGCCAAUCACUUGCCAUGCUUGGAACAAAGACCGAACCCAGAUUGCCAUCAGCCCUAAUAACCAUGAAGUUCAUAUCUAUAAAAAGAAUAGUAACCAGUGGGUGAAAGCUCAUGAGCUGAAAGAACACAAUGGACACAUCACAGGCAUUGAUUGGGCCCCCAAGAGUGACCGCAUUGUCACCUGUGGCGCUGAUCGUAACGCUUAUGUUUGGAGUCAGAAGGACGGUGUGUGGAAGCCAACUCUGGUCAUUCUGAGGAUCAACCGUGCAGCCACCUUUGUGAAGUGGUCCCCCCUGGAGAACAAAUUUGCUGUUGGAAGUGGAGCCCGGCUCAUAUCUGUGUGCUACUUUGAGUCUGAAAAUGACUGGUGGGUCAGCAAGCACAUCAAGAAACCCAUUCGCUCCACUGUCCUUAGUCUGGAUUGGCAUCCCAAUAAUGUCUUGCUGGCAGCUGGAUCCUGUGAUUUCAAAUGCAGGGUGUUUUCCGCCUACAUUAAGGAAGUGGAUGAGAAACCGGCCAGCACGCCUUGGGGCUCCAAAAUGCCCUUUGGGCAGCUGAUGUCCGAAUUUGGCGGUGCAGGGAGUGGAGGCUGGGUCCACAGCGUCAGUUUCUCCGCCAGUGGCAACCGCCUUGCCUGGGUCAGCCACGACAGCACGGUGUCAGUUGCAGAUGCCUCCAAAAACAUGAUGGUCUCGCAGCUGAAAACGGAGUUCCUCCCUCUGCUGAGUGUGUCGUUCGUCUCAGAGAACAGCGUGGUGGCUGCUGGCCAUGACUGCUGCCCGAUGCUCUUCAACUGUGACGACCGCGGUGCCCUCACCUUCGUCUCGAAGCUGGACAUCCCCAAGCAGAGCAUACAGCGCAAUAUUUCGGCCAUGGAACGCUUCCGUAAUAUGGACAAAAGAGCCACUAUUGAGGAUCGCAACACUGCUCUGGACACCCUGCACCAGAACAGCAUCACCCAAGUGUCUAUUUACGAGGUGGACAAACGAGAUUGUCGCAAGUUUUGCACCACUGGCAUUGAUGGAGCAAUGACCAUCUGGGACUUCAAGACCCUGGAGUCCUCCAUCCAGGGCCUGCGCAUCAUGUGAAGCCCGUCCUCGGCCAGAAAUCCCGCACAGACUUGAACAGAGAUGGUGAAGAGGGCCACUUCUUGAAGCACUGAGAAUACGAGGCCUUGGUGGAUUUUCUCUUUCCUUUCCAUCCCCCUUAAUUGUGGUGAAAUGUGCAAAUCAGCUGUGAUUGUGGUAUAUAUUUGGGUUUUUUAUUGUUAUUAUUAUUAUUACUGCUAUCUUAUGGGUUGUUUCAUUCCAUUCCUUUGCCAAAGCUGCUAGUUUGUGGCAGGAAGUGUGAAUCGCUAACUUAAAAGGGGAAUUUUAUGUAAAACGUGUCUGCUAGAAAAUAAAAGUGACAGGACAAA